UUGAAUGACACAAACAAUUUCUGCACAAAUAAAAUUAUUUUUGGUGAUUCUAUACAAGUAAAGAAUUCUACACGAAGAAGAAAGAGUGUUUUUAUUUUCUGUAUUUCUCUUCCUUUAAAAUAUCUAAAUGUCAUUUUCCAUUAACAAAAAUAUCAUGCCUGCAUUUUUAUUUUUUAUUUUUCUCACUUUAUAUGUCAUCCACUCCCAAAAAAAUAUGAGCCCAGAACUAAAAAAAAAAUAAAAAUAACAAUAAUAAUAAAAGAAAGAACAAUGCUCCAUGCAUGGCUUCUUCCUCUAUCCACACCUACCAUUUCUACAGCUUCAGUUGAUCCAAAUUCGAAACCCUUAUUAGGGUUUGAUAGAGGAAGAUUCGAUCGAAUCCGCAAGUCUACUGUAAUCCCAUGCAGGGCCAGGUCCACUGCUUCAUCGUCUUCUACCUCUGUCACGGAAUUCGAUCUCUACGAUCUUUUGGGAGUCCAUAGCUCCUCAGAUCAGUCUCAGAUAAAGAAUGCUUAUCGGUCUCUCCAGAAGCGGUGUCACCCGGAUAUCGCCGGACCGCCGGGCCAUGACAUGGCUAUUAUACUCAACGAAGCCUAUGCAGUUCUUUCUGACCCUUCUUCUCGUUUGGCUUACGAUAAGGAGUAUGCAAAACAUGCACAACUUAAAGGUUACACCGGGAAACCCAUUUACUCAGUAUGGUGUGGAUCAGAAAGUGAAGAACGAGCAGUGUUUGUUGACGAAGUCAAGUGCGUUGGUUGCUUAAAAUGUGCAUUGUUUGCUGAAAAGACUUUUGCAAUUGAAACAGUUUAUGGAAGAGCUAGAGUUGUUGCACAGUGGGCUGAUCCAGAACACAAAAUCCAGGAAGCCAUUGGAGCUUGUCCAGUAGAUUGUAUUUCGAUUGUGGAGAAGUCCGAUCUAGCAGCUCUGGAAUUUCUGAUGUCCAAGCAGCCACGAGGCAAUGUAAGAAUAGGUAUGGGGAAUGCUGCGGGUAUGCGUGUCUCAAACAUAUUCGUAGAUGUGAAGAAAUUCCAGACCAGAUACCAAGAGGUAAUGGAGAAAUCUUCUGCACAGGGCUCUGAGGAGACACUUGUACAAAGAGCAGCAAGAAUGUCCACAAUGCAAGCAAUCAGAUCAAUCUCCAACUGGUUAUAUUGGCAAACACCUAGGGCAGGUGGCUCAACAAUGAAACCUCAACUAUACUUGCCAGCAACUACCCAGAAAUCCACUGAACCUGACAUUGCCAAGCUCAGAGAUGCAGUUGCUGCUAAGAAGAAAAAAGAAAGGGACGGCUCGAGACAAACUCAGGGGACUCCAUCAAAGAACUACAUUUAUGACGAUGAAUACUGGAGUCCAUCAACUCAUGCCCUUCCUGCAGCCUCAUCCCAAGAGAAUUUGUUCCCAAGAAUUGUCCCAAAAACUCCACCUGCAAAAGAAUGGAAGCAGACCAGUGAUAAAGAUCGAAUAACUUCCAAGAACAAGGAAAGGAACCCCGUAAAAUUUUUUGUACCAUUGGGAAUAGGGGUGCUCGCUGCAUCCAUAGUUCAAAUGCAUGGAGAAGGGGUAGUGGGGAGGUUGGAAGAACAUCCUGGUGGUUCUUUAGCAUUACAGAUUGUAAAUAGCCCUUGGUUACCAGUUUUUUUAACUUCGAUUACAUGGUACAUCAUUGGAACUGUACUGGUACAAUUCGUUGAAGCCAUCAGAAGCAGAGAAAAUUAGAAACAUACCUAAUACAUAAACAAUUUAUUAAGUAAAUAAUAGCAUAGUACAGUACAUUCUUGUGAAUAACAUUAUGUAUUAGGAAAUACAACCUUAUACAAUUGAUAUGAUUCUUGUCAUUUAUGUUUAUAACUAGAACUUUUGUUAUUUUGUUUAACCAAAAAAGAUUUAGAAAA